AUGGGUUGUAUCGUAUGGGGAUAUAGGGUAGUUAUAUCUAGUACGUUAAAAAAUAUUUUAUUAAAAGAAUUACAUUCGAGCCAUAUGGGUAUUGUUGAGAUGAAAGCAAUGGCACGUAGCGUAAUGUGGUGGCCAGGCAUAGACGCGGAUAUAGAAAGUACAUGUCGGAGUUGUAGUACAUGCUCUGAAGUUAGUACAGCGCCAUCGCGAGCGGCUCUACAGCCGUGGCCAUAUACAUCGGAACCAUGGUUUAUAUUACAUUUAGAUUUUUUAGGUCCAUUUCAUGGUAAAACUUUUUUAGUUUUGAUAUAUUCCACUUCAAAAUGGCUAGAAAGUUUCCAAAUGCAAAGAACUACAGCAGGAGCAGUGGUGAAAGUAUUAAGAGAGACAUUUGCUCGUUUUGGUUUACCAAGAGAAGUAGUUUCAGAUCAUGGUCCACCAUUUUCAAGUAGUGAAUACAAAGAUUUUAUGAAUAACAACGGUAUUAAAGGUGGAUAUGACUUGGAUGCAGUGUUGCAAUCAUAUUUAUUAGAUUAUAGGAACGUAGAACACAGCACCACAGGAGUAGCACCUGCUACUCUUUUACAAAAGAGGCGUCUACAUUCACGUUUAGAUUUAUUACGAAGCGAUGUUCGAAUUGAGAAUAAGGUUCAGGCGGCUCAAAUGAAACAAAUCGCCCAAGCUGGUGGUUCGAAUGGAUCUUUUAAUUUAGGUGAUUAG